AUGGUUCAUCUUCCUCAUCCCCUACCCGUGAUCGUAUGCGGUCGAUCAGCCGCAGUCGGAAAGCCCGUAGCAGAGGCUCUACUCCCCGAACUCGAAGUGGUCCACUUUAUUCAAACCAAUGAUGCGGCUCUAGCGGAGAUUCCCCACCUUCUCGCCGGGCGGGAUCCUAAAUCCCCCCACGAGAACGGGGUGGGCUCAGGGAAUUACAGCCAGCCAGCCCGGGCUGUCAUUUUUGGUCGAGGAUACUCUGAAUCUGAGGUUGAGUCGUUUCGAGCUGUGUGUAAACAUGUAAAUCGGGAUCCGGUGCUUUGGGUUGUUGGGGAUCCUUCGAAGAGACAGCCUGGCCCGCCACCUCCGGGAUAUGCUAAGAUCGCUGCUCAGAAUACCAAGGAUGUCGUGAUGAAAUGGAAGGAAAAUGGAGCUAACAAGGAGGAGAUUAUUCUUUACUGA